AUGGAUGUACCAGAGGGGAAUGGAAACCCUUUGGGCAAUGGACUCGGUCGAGCUAGGCAAACUCGACCGAUUGGUCUAGGAGAUGCUCCAAACCGCCAUCAACAAAGACAAGGGAUUGUUCCACCACCAGUGCAGAACCACAACUUUGAGAUCAAGCUGGGAAUGAUCAACCUUGUGCAGAACAAGAUGUUCCAUGGAUUGCCAAGUGAAGACCCCAUUGACCACCUUGAUGAGUUUGAUAGGCUAUCUGACAAAGCUCACCAAUGGGAGAAGAGCUUGCCCCAUGGCACAAUCACCACUUGGGAUGAAUGCAAGAAGGCCUUUCUUGCUAAGUUUUUCUCCACCGGUCGCACAGCCAAGCUUAGAGGAGAGAUAUCCAGCUUCAUCCAGCGAACAAUGAGACAUUCGCAGAGGCUUGGGAGAGGUUCAAAGGCUACACAAGAUGUAGAUGAUGGCUGGCAACUUGUGGAGAACAUAGCAACUCCAAUGGAAGCUAUGGAGAAGAGUAUGAUCGCACCAACCGGAGCUCGACCCACCACUCGAUCGAGUCGAUGA